AUGGUUGCACCUACAGAUACCCAGCCGCCACCAGUGACAUGUGUGCUGCUCGAGUUUCCGGCUCCCCAUGUCCUGCUGGUGACCAUCAACCGCCCAGCUCAGAUGAAUUCGCUCUCCUUCCAGGCAGCAUGGGAAAUGGAGCGUGUCUGGGAGUGGAUGGACGAGGAACCACAACUACGCGUUGAUCGUCUAGAGAUGGAGAAGCUCGAUGAGCUCUCCCUUGCAAAGGCAGUCAGCUACCCACCCACCGGCUUCGCUGGGCUCACUCGCCGCAACGGCAAGAAACCGAUAAUAGCAGCCUGUAACGGCCAUGCGCAUGGCGGAGGGUUCGAAAUCAUACUAAACAGUGACCUCGUCAUUGCAGCAGAACACGCAGACUUCAAACUCCCCGAUUCCGCAAGAGGGACAGGAGCUCUAUGUGGUGGUCUACCUCGGCUUGCCCGAAUACUUACCCUGCAAAGAGCGAUGCUUUUGGCGUUGACAACGUAUACACUAUCAGCUAAGGAAGCUAAAGAGUGGGGGAUAGUCCAGAAAAUAGUCCCUGCUGGUGACCUGAUCAAGGAAGCUGUUCAGAUGGGCAGCGUGAUAGCCGCCAUGAGCCCCGAUAGCAUCAUCGUUAACCGUGCUGGUGUCAGAGAGGGAUGGGAAACCGCCAGCGUGGAGCACGCCUCAACACUGAUAUGGGAUAACUAUGCGAAGAAGCUGAUGCUGGGAGAGAAUGCGAUUGAGGGUAUGCAAGCAUUUAAGGAGAAGCGACGUCCAGUGUGGAAGCCAUCUAAGCUGUGA